GGCUGCUUUCCCACUUUCACUGUAAGGGCACGGGGGGGCACGGACCGGACGCCUUGCAAGAGUUGCAGGCGUGCAAGUGCAUCGCGUGUAAGUACCGUCCAAGCUUCUACGAUGUCUACGGGUUGGCACUCAAGGUCGAUAUGAGCGACGAGCCGACGUCUCAUCGUAGGAUGUAUUACUUAGACGUUUCCUUAGAAAUCCCAUCCGAUCUUGAUCUCACGGUGUCUCGUGUGUACAUCAAGAAGAACGUUUUGGAAGCCGUUCGGACUUUGUUCGGGGAGGAGGGAGCCAAGAGUCCUGUAAACGUCCUCAAGUUCUGCCCCGCGCAGCGCAGGUUUAUUCUGCGCUGUCCGUACAAGAGCUACGUUCGACUCCGGGCUAGCCUGACUUUGAGCUCGACGUACGAGGGAAGGAGGUGCGUGUACACGGUUCACCGGGCGUCGUCCAACUUGUUGUCGUUCACUGCCGACAGUAGGACGUACCAGCACGGGGAGGUUUACCCCUAACUUCCGCCAUGCC